GUCCAGGGAAGCCCAGAAUCUGCGGUUGAAAUUUAGACGAUCCGAAACGAUGUGCUGCUGACCCCCCAGAGGCAGGAAUCAUGAGUCCAAGGAACAUACUGCACGUCGUGGAGGAAAACAUCCGAGGCAAAAUCGGCUGGAGGAAUCUACCCCUGGAGCUAAGGAAGGCAUUGCAUGAUAAUGAGAAACGUUACGAGAAGCUCAUCCUGGAGUACAGUCUAAAGAACCAACUUCGCUAUCGGGGCAAUUUAGUGCAUACGACGUUUGGCCAUGAAAAGUUGUAUUAUGAAAAAUUGAUCGAGGAAAACAUUAGGGCACUGCACCUGUUUCCGUACCAUCUGGCCGAUAUCGUGACGAAAGGGCUUCGGUUGACACCCUUCAACUACUACAUAGAUAUGCUCGUUUUCCUGUUGAACAACGACAAGAACUAUGAUUCAUUACCGAAUUUUACGGCAGCGGAUUGCCUCCGGGUGGUCGGAAUUGGACGCAAUGAGUAUCUUUCGAUAUCGAGUGAUUUGAAGACGAGCUCGCCGAAGUUGUUCUUCAAGCGAAAUCCGUACUAUCUGCUGCCAAAGUUUCCCCGGCGGAUCGUGAUCGAACACUGGUGGAAGGUUGAGGUGGGCUAUGUUCUGGAGAGCGAUGUGCAGUUUGUGAACCAGGUGGAGCUGGCAGUGCUGGAUCAGUUGAUUGAUUGCGGUGCUCAAACGGCUGGUGCGUUGGACUACGAGGUGGUGCACAGUCUGUACCGGAAGGGGCUAAUCUAUCUCGACGUGCCAAUUAGCGGGGAGGACAAGAUCACCAUUCCGCCGUUGCAGAAUUUCGUGAUGAACCGGGUCAGCGGAGAUCACUUUGAGAAUCUGCUGUACAAUGUGUUCGUCACGGCGGAUGAGCAGUCGACGAUUGCGGAUUUAUCUAACAUCCUCCAAGUCCCGCUGGAUACCGUCAAGCAAGCUACGUCCCUUUUUUGCCGCCUGAACUUUGCCCGUCGCAAACCGUCCAGCUUCACGAACACCGUCGAACCGCAUGAGAGCUGGAGGAUCGCCCGACGCGAACAACAACAGCAGCAAACCGGCCGAACCAUCUUCAACUACCAUUCGCUCCUCCUCAGCCAGGAAUCCGUCGAAAGUGAACAGAGUGAACGCGCAGCAGAUCUCACCAUCGGUUCUCUGGAUAGUCCGAGUCCAGCCGAAGACAGUCCCGGUGACUACAGUAACCUAUCCGAUGCCAAACCGGAGGAAACGUUUCGCUCCUCUCAGGACACCAAACGAGUCGGUUUCAUCUUCGAUUCCACUCUCACGGCGUUCCUCAUGAUGGGGAACCUUUCUCCGGGCCUAAAAACCCACGCCGUAACUCUGUUUGAGGUCGGCAAACUAUGCGACGAAGGAAUGAACGACUUUCUCCGCGAGCUGGAGAAGGUAUCCAUUCUGGAUGCCGACGGGGAAGGCGAAGUCAGUCGCUACUUCCAUCAUGCCAUAAUCCUACGGUCCACAAUCGUUGCCCUGAAAACGGUUCUCAACACGGAACUGGACCUACUUCGUCUGGAAAGCCUCGAAGCCCUGGAUCAGAAAACUCGCAACCGUCUGCUGGAAAAGAAGUACAAAUUCCUCAUUGCUGCCGCGCCUCUUUCGGGGAUCCUAUCCUCUCCCUUCACCAUUCCAUUCUUCGGUCAGUUCUACCGAACCUCAACCAAUUCGCACAUUUGGUCCAAACUGUUCUACUACCACAUGGGAGCCUACGGCCCCCCGAGCCUCCUGCUUGCCAAAGGAACCGUCCUCAAUCAUCUCCCGCGGCUUUUCCUCGGCUACGGGAAACUGCUCAUAACAAUCGUCCACACGGAAUCGUUUGUGCUCAAUUCGGAAAAAUAUGCCUCGUUGAACGAGCACCUGAAGAACGGAUGUGUACUGAUCCAGGGCUACGGGAUCAAGCAACCGGCCGAGAUGCACUACGAGGUGUUUCCGUUCAAUGCGGGUGAACGAGGCACGGGCUGGAGCCGGCAUUCGGCUGUGCGAAAGCUGGCCAAGGUGCUAGACUUGGAGAAUAGCUUCGGCUAUAUGACGUUCAUCAGGACCGGAGUUCCGGAUUAUGGAUGUGACAACUAUGACGAUAGCGUGCAUCUGUCCAGGGAUCAUGCCAAAAGCAGCAAGGAACGAAAACAUUCCUCCGAUGGAGCAAAACUGGAUCACCCCAAACCCAAGGCGACUCGAUCGGAUACGAUCAGUUCGAUAACUUCGAUCGAAAGUGAUGACGCCAGUCUGAUCGAGGACAUCCGGCGGAUACGGGACAUCUACGAUGGGAAGGUUUCAGUCGAACCGGACCUCCCGGAGGACGAUGAACCCACCAACGGCGGCCCGUCUGAACCUAGCCCCGACCACGACUUGGUACGGCAACUGGCCGACGCCAGUCGGAACGCGGAUUCGGACUCCGACUCGAGGGAUCGAUCGUCCGGAAAUCGGAUGGAGGAAUGGACCCUGCUGGACGUUCAUUUCGGAAUUCCGCUGUUUGACGUCGAUUGCAAUACCAGCAUAUGUCAACAUGUCAUCAAGAAGCUUUGCUCGCAGGAAAACAUUGCACAUAUCCUGGAAAUCAAUGCCAAAAUGGAGCACCGUUACCUGAAAUUCAUUUCGCAAUGCUUGUACUACGAGGACGAAAGUAUGGAACUGGUCAAACCGGGUAAAUUGGUCCCGAAACCGCGGAUCAGUCUUGCGUUUGAAAAUGGUAAAAUCAUCAGCUGGAAUGGAAAGUAGCUUGUUUGGUGUGCAAUUUCCCAACACUAGGAAACAAUCUGAGAUAAACCAAAAAUUCCCCCAAAACGCAUUCCACUUUUUAGAUGAAGGAGCAGUUAGAAGCAGAGGUAGAGUGAGAGAGUCAAUACUUAAUAUUAUUAACAAAAUAAAAUGCCGAAUAACUUGGUUAGAAUAUUUGGGUAUUAUCGCAAGCAAAUUUGCAAUAGGAAGUGUGGUGAUGGGUAGCUCGAGUCCGUACUGUUUUAACUAAGAGUUUAAACGUUAAAAAUUAGCAACUGUACAUAUACCAAAGUCCAGUUUUAGUCCCUGGCCCAUUGUGAGAAAUGCAUUCAUCUAUUUUAAAGCGAUA